GCGCACUAGGGUCGCCGGUCGAAGCGGAUAUCCGGCACGCCGCUCUACUUGCCUUGCUUCCAUCGCCGCGUCUCUCACAUAAACGCACGCUUCCAUCGGGAAAAAGACAGCGGCGCGUAGCAAACGAAACACGGCGAGGCCGGCGAUGGAUGUCAAGUGCCGGCGUCUGGAGGGGAAGGUGGCCGUCGUGACGGCUUCCACGCAGGGCAUCGGCCUCGCCAUCGCCGAGCGCCUCGGCCUGGAGGGCGCCGCGGUCGUCAUCUCCUCCCGCAAGCAGAAAAACGUGGACGAGGCGGUGGAGGGCCUCAGGGCAAAGGGGAUCACCGUUGUCGGGGCCGUCUGCCACGUCUCCAACGCCGAGCAGCGCAAGCACCUCGUCGACACGGCCGUCAAGAAUUUCGGACAUAUUGAUAUUGUUGUCUCCAAUGCCGCUGCAAAUCCUUCUGUGGAUAGCAUACUAGAGAUGAAAGAGUCAGUUCUUGACAAGCUAUGGGAUAUUAAUGUCAAAGCUUCUAUUCUUCUACUUCAGGACGCCGCACCACAUUUGAGGAAGGGAUCAUCUGUGAUACUAAUUUCUUCAAUUGCUGGCUAUAAUCCUGAUGCAGCUUUAACGAUGUAUGGUGUUACAAAGACUGCCCUUUUUGGUCUCACGAAGGCUCUUGCUACUGAGAUGGGCCCAAAUACCCGUGUUAACUGUAUAGCUCCUGGGUUUGUUCCUACACGUUUUGCUGGUUUCCUCACAACUAAUGAGACCAUUAGAAAUGAACUUAUCGAGAGGAGCAUACUUAAGAGAUUGGGUAGUGUGGAAGACAUGGCUUCAGCCGCCGCUUUCCUGGCAUCCGACGAUGCAUCCUUCAUUACAGCUGAAACAAUUGUUGUUGCCGGAGGAACACAAUCAAGACUAUAGAUACGUUUUGAGGGUCAAUCAGCUACAGUGUCAUGAUCAAUAAAUAUAGUGAUACUAGUAGGUCUAGUAUACAACAUUUCAAGCGCGCUGAGAUAUAAACAAGAUGCAGUGUAAUAAAUUUGAUGUUGGGGCGCCAUACAAUCUUGCGAGGACGAAUUAUAGUCUAUUGGCAUUGUCGUCUGAACAUUUAUUGUUGUAUGACCUGUGUUCAUGUAUAGGAAUUGCGGUGAAGUGACAGAGGAAUUGCGGUUGAUGCUUUAUCUAUAAAGCGGGGUGAAAGCCUGUUUCGAAGAA